AUGAGUUUUGGACAUUUACAGCCUCUUUUUCCUGGUGAAAGUGGUGUAGAUCAGCUGGUAGAGAUUAUCAAGGAUGAUGUCGCUGGAUGCCUUGAGUACAAUGUUGACCUUGUUGAAGAGUUGGAUAGAAAGCAAAAUGCAUCUGUUGCUCUUCCAAUGGAUACAUUUAAGUGUCAUCUUAUCAGGGAGCCUAUUGGUGUUGUUGGAUUGAUUACUCCAUGGAAUUACCCUUUGCUGAUGGCCACAUGGAAAGUUGCUCCUGCCCUGGCAGCUGGAUGUGCUGCCAUACUCAAACCAUCAGAAUUAGCAUCUCUUACUUGUCUGGAAUUAGGUGAAAUAUGCAGAGAGCUCACCCCAAUGUUGACAAGAUUGCAUUCACUGGAAGCAGUGCCACAUAAGGUCAUGAUUGCUGCUGCUCAAAAUGUUAAGUCUGUUACACUUGAACUAGGUGGGAAAAGUCCAAUAGUGGUGUUUGAUGAUGUGGACAUUGAUAAAGUUGUUGAGUGGAUGCUGUUUGGUUGUUUUUGGACAAAUGGUCAGAUAUGCAGUGCAACAUCUCGGCUUCUAGUACAUGAAAGUAUUAGUGAGGAGUUUUUAGAGAAGCUUGUUAAGUGGGCUAAAACCAUAAAGAUUUGUGACCCUUUGGAGGAAGGUUGUAGGCUUGGGCCUAAAGUUAGUGCUGGACAGUAUGAAAAGGUAUUGAAGUUUGUAUCAACAGCCAAAAGUGAAGGUGCAACCAUUUUAUGUGUUGGAGAAUGUCCUCAGCCAUCGUUAGUAAUGUUACUCAGUGAAUUAGCAAACGAUACUCAUUAUGGACUGGGUGCUGCUGUAAUAUCCAAAGAUUUGGAAAGAUGUGAGCGUGUAUCAAAGGGUUUUGAGGCAGGUAUUGUAUGGAUCAACUGCUCGCAGCCAUGCUUCUCUCAAGCUCCAUGGGGUGGGAAAAAGCAUAGUGGUUUUGGUCGAGUCAAGAAAGGAAGAAUAUAUGGAUUCGGAUCUGUGUCUGAUCCAACGAGCUUUUUAGAAGGAACAUCUAGUAUAAUAACAUCCCAAGAGGUUGUCUAUGAACAAGAUGUAUGCAGCCUUGCAAAAUAUGAUGGGAAAUUGAAAAUUAGAGGAAUGAGAACCGAAGAUGAUUGGAUGGACAUGAAAUGAAGAGAGCAGCUAAAAUGUUAUUUUGAAGGUUAAACUUUUUUCUGUUUGUACCUCUUUUGCAUACUUUGGAUUUCUUGGUGUUAAAAUGUUCU